AUGUCCGCGUAUCAGUCUCAGCACAGAUACGAGCCGCUAACAUCCCCGGACGCAUUCAGGCUGCUCCUCCUUGAACCCUCCGCCUCUCGCGCCGCUGAGCUCAGGGGAUCCCUACUCAACACCACCCUCGCCGCCUGUGACUACGAUCUGAUCGACCCCUACACAGCCCUGUCUUACGUAUGGGGGAGUGCCGAAAAGCUAUGUCGCAUCUGCCUUGACGGCCAUAAUGGCAAUCUAUUUGCCAUCACCACUUCCCUUGAUGACGCUCUACGGGACUUGCGCGACGCCACGCGCGUCCGCAGGGUAUGGGCCGACGCUUUUUGCAUUGACCAGUUGAAUGUUGCGGAGCGCAACGCGCAGGUGAGCUUGAUGGGGCGCAUCUACUCGACCGCGCACAGCACCGUUAUCCACCUUGGCAAUCUCACCCCCGAACUGUCUGGUGUUUCUGCUUUUCCCCGUGAAUCGACUUCCGACGCCUCCGAAGGCGGUCCUGGUGGAAUCGCCGCCGAAACCAGGCGGGGCCUUCUUGCCAAGCCGUGGUUCAAGCGCGUUUGGGUGCUCCAGGAACUCGUUCUUUCGAAAGACCCUUGGGUGCAAUGUGGCAACAGACGAAUUCGCUGGAACGACUUCUGUCGUCACCUUCUCGGCAAUGCAGCGGGCAACUCGCGCAGUCCUCAUGACGGCGAUGAGGCGCUGCGCGUUUUGGCGGACAUGAACUCCAGCCGGGCCAACAAUGCUCGCCUCCCGCUUCAUCUCGCCAUCCAAGCCCGCCGGGGCCUCGGAGCUACGGAUCCGCGCGACUUUGUCUACGCCAACUUUGGCAUCAUCAGUGACCUCGCCGUCGUCAAUAGAUACCUCAAAGUUGACUAUUCAAUAUCAUUAGCGGAGACGUUUAGCAAAGUUGCUCGCUACAUGUUUGACCAAUUCGGCGUCGAGAAAACAUCUGGCAGUGGACAGGCCCCCUCGUGGGCACCAGACUGGACUCGCGGUGCUUCCUAUACGGUUCCCAUGUACAAGGACAACCACUUGAGUCAGAUGAAACUGAAAGGCAUACACCAUGCCUUUACGUACGGUAACCUUCCGCUGGUGCUAGGCCAUAUACGAAGUGGACACGAUUGA